AUGGAAGAAGACUACAUGCCUCGGAUAAAUUCAAAUGGAACAAAUGGAUACAGACCCUCGGAACGAAAUAUGGAUUACGAUUAUGAACAACGAUUAAAAAUACGACUAGGUUCAUGGAAUAUAAGGACUCUAUUGCAGCCUGGUAAAAUGAUGGAAGUCGCUCAGGAACUAGAAAGGUUCAAAUUUGACGUAGUUGCGCUGCAAGAAAUGAGAUUCAAAAAUCAAGGCAAAAUAGAGAAAAGAAAUUUUGAUUUGUAUUACUCAGGAAAAGAUGACAAACAAGGACAUGCGGGUGUGGGCUUUUGGGUAAGCAAAAAAUUCAAAGAUAAGAUACUCGGAUUCACCCCAAUAAAUGAACUAAAUAAAUAUGACACCUUAAUGAUUAUGGGGGACUUGAAUGCGAAAAUUGGUAAAGAAGAUUUUCUAGAAAAUGUGGCAGGCCGUCAUACAUUACAUGAAGAAACAUCACCAAAUGGGCUUCGACUUUGCCAAUUAGCUGAAAGCACAAAUACUUAUAUUAUGAGUACAUACUUUAACCACAAGAAAAUUCAUAAAGGUACGUGGAAAAUCCCUGGGACGAGUAAUACAAAUCAAAUUGAUCACAUCCUGAUAAAUAAAAGAAGACUAUCGUCGUGUGAAGAUAUUAGAGUAUAUAGAACACCCAACUGUGAUAGUGACCACUACAUAACAGUAGUAAAAUAUAAACAUAGAAUAAGUAAAUGUGGACGAGUGGCUAGAACACGACAAAAGAAAUGGGAUAUUGAUAAAUUAAAGAAUGAAGCCUACAAAGAAAGAUAUAAAUGCGUAUUAAAUAAUUUUAUUGAAUCUAUUGAAUCUAAUGCAGUUGAAGAAAAUGUUGACGAAAUACGAAAUGAAGAUUGGUUUGACGCAGAUUGCGAGAGAGCUAUAAAGGAAAAAAAUGAUGCGAGAGUUGCAUGGAUGCAAAGAAAAACUAGAGCGGCACAAAAUGAAUAUAAUUCAAAGAGAAAAAUAGCUAAAACUAAAAGGUUUUAUAAAAAGUGUAAACAAGAAAGACGAGCCUUUCAGCCUAAAUUGACGAAUAUAAAAAAUAAAAAUGGAAUAAUGUUGUCUGAAGAAAUGGAAAUAUUAAACAGAUGGGAAGAAUAUUUUAAGGACAUGCUAAACCCAAAUGAUGAUGACGAAAUAAACAUAGAACACACAAAUAAUAUACCUGAAAUACCCAGUGAAUGGAAUAUUGGUAUAAUUUUACCAAUUCAUAAAAAAGGGGCUAAAACGGACUGUUCAAAUUACAGAGGAAUAACGCUAUUAAAUACUGCUUAUAAGAUAUUAGCAAAGGUAAUUGCCGAAAAAUUGACAAUCUACGCAGAGCAAAUAAUCCCAGACUAUCAAUGCGGUUUCCGGCCAAACAAAUCAACCAUUGACCAAAUAUUUAGUAUAAGACAAACAAUGGAAAAGUGCGCUGAAUUUAACAUGGACUUGCAUAUGCUAUUUAUAGAUUUUAAACAAACUUUUGACUCGGUAAAACGUGGUAUAAUAGAAAAUAUUUUUGACGAAUUGAGAAUACCUAAAAAACUGACGAAUUUAAUAAUGAUGACACUGCAUAACACAAAAGCAAAAGUUUUGGUACAAAAAUCUUGUACAAAUAUAUUUGACAUCACAUCUAGAGUUAAACAAGGAGACGAAAUAUCAACCAUCAUAUUUAACCUGACCUUACACUACGCGCUCAAGGACCUACAUAUCGAAGGUAAUAUAUUUACGAGGCCCUACCAGAUUUAUGCUUAUGCUGAUGAUAUCGCCAUAAUGUCAAGAAGUAAACGUGAUUUAAUUGAAAUAUUUACAAGGCUUGAUCAACAGACUCGAAGAAUUGGAUUGAAAAUAAAUGAAAAUAAAACAAAGUACAUGAUAGUAUCGAGAUCAAAUACAAGAAGAGUGGCGCAAAAUAUUACUAUUAAUGACUACAAUUUCGAAGGUAUAUAUAAAACAAUCCUGAGACCAAUUCUAAGUUAUAGUUCCGAAACUUGGACAUUAUCACAAAGUGAUAUAAAUGGUCUAAGAGUUUUUGAACGAAAAAUGUUGCGAAAAAUAUUUGGGCCGAAAAGAAACGAAAAUGACGAAUACGAAAUUAGAACGAACCAGGAACUGAUGGAAUUAAUUGGCAAUGAGGACAUUAUUGGAUAUAUAAAAUCCCAAAGACUGCGCUGGGCGGGGCAUUUAUUCAGAAUGAACUCUGAUAGAGCUCCAAAAAGAAUUUAUGACGCAAGGCCCCUACUCAACAGAUCUAGGGGCAGACCGAGGUUAAGAUGGAAAGACGAUGUGAUAAACGAUUUAAACAAAUUACAAGUUAACAACCUAAAUAACGCAGUAACGGACCGAGCAGAAUGGAGGCGGAUAGUCAAUCAAGCUAAGGCUCACAUCGGGCUGUAA